AUCACUCUACGGGGAAAAGCGCUGAGAGAAUGAUCAUGAUGAAUUUCUAUCACCCACGCAAACAAUCGGCACUCUGGGUUCCUCACGUCUUAGGACUGACCGCAAGCCCCAUAAUGCGAUCUAGGCUCGAAGGCCUUGAAGCACUGGAACGGACACUGGACUCGGUUUGCGUUACGCCCAGAUUGCACCGAGAUGACUUGAUGACCCAUGUCAAAAGGCCCACGGUCAGUUAUGUUCAUUACGAAACGACAGAUGCCAAGGGUGGGCCCACGCCAGUCAGUAUAUUAAGUCUUCGCGAGGCAUGCAGAAAUAUGGACAUCAGGCAAGAUCCAUUCAUUCUCCAUCUAAGAGACAAAGGCACUGAUCGAGCACGACGUGAGCUCAUCAAGGUCCUUACAAGCCACGAAACAUAUUCACAACAACAAAUGAAGUCUUUCUUUAACCAAAGCUUGCGAGUCCUGCGAGAUCUCGGGCCCUGGGCAGCCGAAUACUACAUUUGGAAGGUUAUCUCGGAUUUUCUGGCAAUCACUGAAGCAAGUGAUCACCGCAUGAAUCAAUGGAAAACCGAAGAAAAGCAGUAUCUGGCCAACAUCCUUCGACAAAUAAGUAUCAGCGAGCCGCAAGUCAGCAUGCUAAGUACUCAUAACACAUCGAACAAAUUCAUGAUGCUCAUAGAACAUAUGUCAUCUAAAGCCACCGAUGGUACUGCUGGGAUCAUAUUUGUCAAAGAGCGAUCAACUGCGGCGAUGCUUGCACACGUGAUUGAGUCGCAUCCACUGACACCGAAUAUGUACUCGAGCGUUGGGGUUGUUGUCGGUACUUCCAAUCAUCUGGUACGGAAGAAAGAUAUGUGGGAUCUGUCUCGAGCAGCCCACGAGACGGAGCCCCUUCUCCAGUUCAGAUCUGGCCACCUCAAUUUGCUCAUCGCCACAAGUGUGCUUGAAGAGGGCAUCGACGUUCCUGCCUGCAACCUCGUGAUCUGUUUCGAUGAGCCCGAAAAUCUCAAAGCCUUUGUCCAGCGGCGCGGCCGAGCCCGGAAGAAGGAUUCUAGCCUUGUGGUUCUUCUCCCCGGGACAGGCCACGUGCCUCAGGACUGGGAAAGCAUGGAAGCGACAAUGAGGACACACUACGAGAAAGAACGGCGCGAAAUACGAAUAAUGGAGCAAAUCGAAGCAUCCGAGUCUACAGAGUACGAAGAGUACAUUGUCGAGAGUACCAAUGCCAGGCUCGACUUCGAGAACGCCAAAGCGCAUCUCAGCCACUUCUGUGGGCAACUCUCUCCUGGGGAGUUUAUAGACAAGAGGCCCGAAUACAUACCCCGCGUGGUAGACGACGAAGAACCUCCUUCUCUGAGGGUCACGGUACUAUUGCCGAGUUAUAUUCCAGCUGCCGUCCGUCAUGCUGAGAGUCGGCGAAGCUGGAAGUCGGAGCAUCAGGCCUCAAAAGACGCCGCUUUUCAGGCAUACCUGGCUCUUUACGACGCGGGACUGGUCAACGAACACAUGCUUCCACUCACGGCCAAAGACAUCGUACCCGCAAACGAACCUCGAGUAGCAACCUUGCAGGUCAAUGGCCUCUUGAACGUCUGGCUUAGUAUUGCCCAGGCCUGGAUCACGAGUACUGAAAUCUGGUUAACUCCAGUACGCCUCCAAGAUGCGACGGGAUUGACGCGAGGAACGUAUAUCAUGAGCAUGCCGGUAGCAUUGCCGGCACUGCCUUCCACGCCAGUGUACUUCGAUCACGAAGGACCAUGGCUUCUGGAUUUUGGCCCACAAGAACGAAAGGAAAAGCUUGAAGUGCCUGAUCAUUCUUCAGUGCUGCUUGCACUCCACUUUGGCCAUCGCUGGGACAUUGCUCAUGGCCAGCAACAGGUGAUCAGCUUCGCUUCACAGGAUGGCGAACUGCAUAUCAACCAGUUAAGUGCACGGGGCUUCACAACCACAGAUGCCGACCGAAAGGAAAUGCUGUACCUGGUACGGGACGAGUCAGGAUGCCCGUAUGUGUACGGCCACUUUCUCAACAGCAAGCCGUCACUUGAACUUAUUCAGCGACCUUUCCGGCGCAUCGGGGACUCUCCAGGCUUCCAAGAUGCACCCAACAACAUUCCUUACUUGGCUCUUAGAAAGUGGCCGCGCUACCCGGCCCUCCUGCACCAAAAGAGCGUUAACGAUUCACUGCCACAGGCGACAAAUACGAAGCCAUAUGCGAGGGUUUAUCCGGCACCGUGGGCGAAAAUUGACACGAUCCCACUGGAUCAUGCUUACUUUGGGGCGUUGAUCCCUUCCAUUUCACACAUUGUCGAGGUUCGACUGGUUGCAGAACAGCUUUCCUCGAGCCUACUUCGUGACCUCAAUUUCUCAGAUCCCUCUCUCGUCCUGACGGCCAUCAGCACUAAGGGUUCCUUGGAGGCCACAAACUACGAGCGUCUUGAGUUUUUGGGUGACUCUAUCCUCAAGCUUUGCACCACGGUCAAUGCUGCCGCUCUGCAUGGCUUAGUUUCGAACUCAAGAUUGUGUAGGGCUGCACUGGAUGCUGGCCUUGACAAAUUUGUUCUAACUGAAAACUUCACUUGUCGCACGUGGAGGCCUAUCUACGUCAACGGCAUGUUGGAAACAGGUGCUCGCGACUCGGGACCCCGUGAAAUAUCGACUAAAACGCUCGCCGAUGUUGUGGAAGCACUCAUAGGGGCCGCAUACAUUGACGGUGGCCUCGCAAAGGCAAUUGGGUGCAUUUCGAUCUUCCUGAGGGAGCUCGAAUGGAAACUGUUGCCAGCUUGUCAGGAGAUCCUUCACAGUUUGGCGCCCCCUGAUGUGUCUUUGCCGCCAAUGCUUGUUCCGCUGGAAGAGCUGAUCGACUACACAUUCACGAAGAAGAUUCUCCUGAUUGAAUCGAUCACGCAUGCCUCCUUCACUGCCGGGCAUGUGAAUGGCUGCCUCGAACGUCUCGAAUUCUUAGGCGAUGCCAUUCUGGACGACAUUGUGGUGUCCCAUCUGUUUCCCCUUAACCUUUCGCACGACAGGAUGCAUCUCCUCAAGACUGCUUCGGUCAACGGCGAUCUUCUAGGAUUCCUUGCACUCGAGAGCCAUGCCGAGGAAGACGAGGUGAUUAUUGAUGUCAACUUUUCUCCUUCUGAUACGGACCUCAAUCCUCAGAACCCUGCCGGGAUGGAACAGAAGCUCAAACGGACACGCCGGAAAAUCCCCCUUUGGAAGUUUAUGCGCCACUCCUCAAUAGAGGUUGUGCAGCAGCAGACCAAAGCUGCCGGCGCUCAUGCCGAUCUCCGAGGGCAGAUCAUUCACGCUCUGGGACAUGGGUCAAGCUACCCCUGGUCUCUUCUCGCCCGCUUACAUCCCGCGAAGUUCUUAUCCGAUAUGGUCGAAGCUGUACUGGGUGCCGUCUGGGUCGAUUCAGGGGACAUGAGAGCGUGCGUUCGUGUGACGGAACGACUUGGCAUUCUGCCGGUGCUGUCCCGGCUGGCAAAGGACGACGUUCAUGUGCUGCAUCCGAAAUCAGAGCUGGGAGAGAUCGCUAGUCACCGGACAGUCAAAUAUCUCCUCACUUUGCCCGAGGACGCAGCCGGCCUGCAGAGUGCAAAAAGGAAAUAUGCCUGCAAGGUCAUGAUCGGGGAUCGCUGUGUUGCAGAGGUAGAUGACGGGGUCGCUCGAGAUGAGGCCGAGACGAAAGCUGCAGAGAUUGCGGUACGGGUCUUGCAGGAUGAACAGGCUGACGCGAAACAAGCAGCAGAAUCCUAA